AUGGAGGAUCCCAUUUCAAUCAGAGAGACUGUAACUUUUAUUUUUGAAAAUUGACUAGUCCCGUUAGUAGAUCUAAGAAACAAAGAAAAAGAUCAAAGAAUUAUCACAUCAGUUAGCAUAAUAAUUUGUUGAAUGUGAGAAGGAACAAGAGAAAAAAAAGAUAUAAAAUAUACGAAAUGAAUUAGCAAAGAAACAUCAUCAAAAUAGGUUUUCAAGCUUUACUAAUUCAAUGCAUCGUCCCUCAUUCAUUAUUUAGAUCAAGGAGAAUAAAUUAUUUGAUAAUAAAUCAGUUUUUAUUAAUAACGAGAUUCCACAAUUAACAAAUCUCUAAAAGUCGUAAUUGAUUUCUCCUGAGAGAAACUAGAAUCCGUCAUAUAGUAUUAAAUUUAAUAAUAGUAGUAAUACAUUAAUUAGAGAGACCAGCAAAUAAAUAAAAAAGCGAAUUUCCUCCUAUAAGGAGGAGAUUCUUAAGUUAAAAGGAGGUUGAGCGUAUCGAAUUUUGGGAUAAGAAUUUCAGUCAAUUACAAGAAAUAGAAUAGAAAGAAGUAAAGAAAUUAGAUAAAUAAAUAGAAAAGUAGUCUCUUAAUUGGCAAAAUUAAAAAGCAACUCUUAGAAUAAAGGGAAGUGAAAGUAUUCAAACCUACUGAUCAAUGUUUAAGAUAUUUUGAUAAGAAUAUCUCUCUAAUUUCUGAGACUUCAAUAACUUGCAGACAACUAAGUAAAGAAAUAAGUCUACCAAAAAUAAAAGAAAAAAAGGUUUGGAUACCUACUAACAAUUAUUUUUGA